ACCGGCCGGCCGCCGCGCUGUUGGUGCUGGCCUGCGCCGCAUCCGCCGCGGCCCGAGCCCCUGCCAGCCCCAGACGCCAUCACGUCACCCUGCAACCCCAGAUGGACCUCCAGAUGCGCUGGGUCGUCGACUACAGACGGGAAGAGGUCGAGAUAGAAGUCAGUGCUGAGAUAAGCUCCAGCCAAUGGCUUGGGAUCGGUUUCUCUGACCGGGGCGACUUGGCCGAAGCCGACCUCUGCGUUCUCUGGGUCGACUGGCGGAGACACGUGCGCAUACAGCACGCUUGGGUGGAUGACGGAGGCCGUCUAUUGGUGGAUGCGGAACAACGUCACCUGGAAGCCAAGCUCAUUCGUCGUCACCACAACAAAACAACGUUCCAGUUCAGGCGACCGUUCAACACGUGCCAACCGCGAGACUACGUCAUAGAGGCGGGCACCACUCACGUGGUGUGGGUGACUGGGCCGGGGCCGCUGCUGACCCUGGACCGGGUGCAGCUCACGCACUUCUCGUCGGGUCUGGUGCGGCUGCAGCUGCUGCGACCCGAGCUAGCGGCGCCGCCUCUGCCGGCCGGCGUCGCCCACUUGGACGUCCCAUCGCACCGCGUCCACGUGCCGGCCCAAGAAACCACCUACUGGUGCACCGUGCAUAAGCUGCCGCCGACCUUCUCCCGCAAACAUCACGUGGUUCAGUACGAGGCAGUUGUCGAAAAGGCCAACGAAGACCUGGUACACCACAUGGAGGUGUUCCACUGCGAGGCACCCGUCUCCGAGACGAUCCCCAGCUACCAGGGGCCCUGCCACGCGCCCGACAGGCCUCCCGCCAUCGACAAGUGCAAGCGGGUGCUCGCCGCCUGGGCGAUGGGUGCUGCUCCCCUGGUGUACCCAAAGGAAGCAGGACUUCCAAUCGGAGGCAGUAACUUCAACCCGUACGUGAUGCUGGAGGUACACUACAACAACCCCAAGCUGGUUCAGGGCCGGAUCGACAGCUCGGGGGUGAGGCUGACCUACACCGACCGGCUGCGGAGGCACGACGCCAGCGUCAUGGAGCUCGGUCUGGAGUACACCGACAAGAUGGCGAUACCGCCCGGCCAGCCGGCCUUCGAGCUCUCCGGGUACUGCGUGCCCGAGUGCACGGCUGUGGGCCUGCCGGAGGACGGCAUCCGGGUGUUCGCCUCCCAGCUGCAUACCCACCUGACCGGCGUCGCCGUGCGGACGGCACACGUUCGCCGUGACGGUGUCCAGCUGCCCGACUUGAACGGCGACAACCACUACUCCUCUCACUACCAGGAGAUCCGGCUGUUGCCCCAGCAGCGUGCUGUGAUGCCGGGCGACGCUCUGAUCACCACCUGCCGAUACAAGACCGUGGAUCGGACCAACGUGACGGUGGGCGGCUUCUCUAUCACGGACGAGAUGUGCGUCAACUACAUUCACUACUUUCCCAAAGUCAAUCUGGAGGUCUGCAAGAGCUCGGUCGACUCAGAAAGGCUUAUGGCGUAUUUCGAGUUCAUGAAACAGUGGGAGGGUCAGCCAACGGGGGAGAAGAAUUUGGGAUGGGGCGACAACUACCGACGCAUCAAGUGGAACAAGCUGAGAACGCAGGGUCUGCGCCAGUUUUACGACGAAUCGCCGCUCUCUAUGCAGUGCAACCAGAGCAACGGAGACCGGUUCGCAGGCUUCUGGGAAGCGAUACCGCUGCCCACAGUCCAGCUGCCGCUGCAGGAACCAUCGCCCUGUCCUGCAGCGUACUGAACGAUUUCUCGUCCUCCCCCUCCCCCCCCCCCCCCGCCCCCUAUCGCCGAGCGGCCGACGGUGCCGCCUGCUGUGCGCGGCUGCUUCCCUCGACCCAAUGGUCCGUCACAAGAAGGGGAACUAGACAGUCUGCUGGGAAAAAUGUUUAUGAAACACAUAUAGAUAUGAAAGCCAGUCCUCUUUUGAGUUUUGGGGCAUACUCUGAUAUUUAGACAAGAAGAGGCUGUAAUAAUUGUGUUCGCAUUUGUCAGCUAGAACUUCCUCAUGAAUUAGAACAAAUGACCUCCGAGACUGGUCUGAAAUUUAGAAUCCGCACCUUCCGUGAUCUGCACUCGUAACCAAUCUGUAAUUAAUCUAAAAACAUCAUUGUGCAGCGCAAUAAAACUGCAGGUCUUUGACUUAUGGUCCUGUCCCUUUAUGCAUUGUUAUGGUUUGUGUUAAUCUGUAGAUUCGUGUAUAUAUGUGCAACGUGUAUCCGUGCGAACUGGGACCAAUAAACGCAAC